UCGUCAGAUUAUGGUGCGACAGGCAGGACGAGAGUGAGGGGGCAACUGGCAGCAGCAGUAGACUCCUGUACAAGAACAAGUAACGUUAGUGACUCUUUAGUUGUGUCGUUUUGACCGGGGAACGAUUCCUGUACUUCGAGGAGGUGCUACUUUCAUUGACAAGGUCCUGUGCCAUCCAGUGCUACCAUGUCGGCGAAAGCCAUCUCAGAGCAGACAGGAAAAGAGUUCUUGUAUAAGUAUAUCUGCACUUCAGCAGCUGUGCAGAACCGCUUCCGCUAUGCCAGUGUCACUGCUGAGACUGACUGGGACCGCCUCUCACAGGAGCAUCCGUGGCUGCUGACAGAGCGGCUGGUGGUAAAGCCAGAUCAACUAAUCAAGCGGCGUGGGAAGCUCGGUCUGGUGGGCAUCAACCUGGACCUGCAGGGUGUCCGAGAGUGGCUCAAAGACCGUCUCAUGAGAGAGACCACUGUUGGAAAGGCCAAGGGUGUGCUGAAGAACUUCCUCAUUGAGCCAUUUGUUCCACACCCACAGGAUGAAGAGUUUUAUGUGUGUAUUUAUGCCACACGUGAGGGCGACCAUGUGCUUUUCCACCACGAGGGAGGAGUGGAAGUGGGUGAUGUGGACGCCAAGGCCCAGAGGCUGAUGGUUGCAGUGGAUGAGAAGCUGAGUGAGGACCAAGUCACAGAGCAGCUCCUCACACACGUUCCUGAUGAAAAGAGAGAAGUCUUGGCCAAUUUUAUAGUUGGACUCUUUAACUUCUAUGAGGACCUCUACUUCACCUACCUUGAGAUCAACCCUAUAGUCGUCACCAACGAUGGAGUGUACGUCCUCGACAUGGCAGCCAAGAUUGAUGCCACAGCAGAUUACAUCUGCAAGGCUAAAUGGGGUGAUGUGGAGUUUCCACCACCCUUUGGCAGAGAAGCAUAUCCAGAGGAGGCAUACAUAGCUGAUCUGGAUGCAAAGAGUGGUGCCAGUCUGAAGCUGACCCUGCUGAACCCAAAUGGCAGGAUCUGGACCAUGGUGGCUGGAGGAGGGGCUUCAGUAGUCUACAGCGACACUAUCUGUGACCUGGGCGGUGUGGAUGAACUGGCCAACUAUGGCGAGUACUCUGGCGCUCCCAGUGAACAGCAGACUUACGACUACGCUAAAACCAUCCUCUCUCUCAUGACACGGGAGAAACAUCCUCAAGGGAAAGUGCUGAUCAUCGGAGGAAGUAUUGCCAACUUCACCAAUGUGGCAGCCACAUUCAAGGUAAAACGCAUUAACAUAAUUAUCGUCACCAUCUUUGUUCGACGUGGCGGGCCCAACUACCAGGAGGGUCUGAGGGUCAUGGGGGAAGUAGGGAAGACCACAGGUAUUCCCAUCCAUGUGUUUGGUACUGAGACCCAUAUGACAGCCAUUGUUGGAAUGGCUCUGGGACACCGGCCAAUCCCUAACCAGCCUCCAAUGGACGCACAUACGGCGAACUUCCUCCUCAAUGCCAGCAGCAGUGCAGUGACUCCAGCCACAACAAGGACAGCUUCAUUCUCUGAAUCAAGGAAAUCUAACGAUGUCACCCCAGCCAAAAAGUCUAAAGCAGGUCUUCCAGCAGCCAAAGCCACCACACUCUUCAGAAAACAAACCAAGACCAUUGUCUGGGGCAUGCAGACACGUGCCGUGCAGGGCAUGCUGGACUUCGACUAUGUAUGCUCCCGGGACGAACCCUCUGUGGCAGCCAUGGUCUACCCCUUUACGGGGGAUCAUAAGCAGAAGUUCUACUGGGGCCACAAGGAGAUCCUGGUGCCGGUCUAUAAGAACAUGGCCGAUGCCAUGAAGAAGCACACGGAGGUGGACGUCCUGAUCAGCUUUGCUUCACUGCGCUCAGCCUUCGACAGCACUAUGGAGGCCAUGCAGUACCCACAGAUCCACACUAUCGCAAUCAUAGCUGAGGGCAUUCCUGAAGCUCAGACAAGGAAGAUAAUUAAAGUGGCUGAUGAGAAAGGUGUCACUAUCAUCGGCCCCGCUACGGUAGGUGGCAUCAAGCCUGGCUGUUUUAAGAUCGGUAACACAGGUGGCAUGCUGGACAACAUCCUGGCUUCGAAACUUUAUCGUCCUGGCAGCGUGGCAUAUGUGUCGCGCUCUGGGGGCAUGUCCAACGAGCUGAACAACAUCAUUUCCCGUACCACAGACGGCGUCUGUGAAGGUGUGGCCAUCGGAGGCGACAGAUAUCCAGGCUCCACCUUCAUGGACCACGUCCUUCGUUACCAGGACACUCCAGGGGUUAAGAUGAUAAUAGUGCUGGGAGAGAUUGGAGGCACAGAGGAGUACAAGAUCUGCCAAGGAAUCAAAGAGGGCAGGAUAACCAAGCCUGUGGUGUGCUGGUGUAUUGGAACCUGCGCCACCAUGUUCACUUCAGAGGUUCAGUUUGGCCAUGCAGGGGCCUGUGCCAACCAGGAAUCAGAGACCGCAGUAGCCAAGAAUCAGGCUCUGAGGGACGCUGGCGCUUAUGUACCAAAGAGCUUUGAUGAGCUGGGGGUUGUCAUUAAGACCGUUUAUGAUGAACUGGUGGCCAAUGGUACCAUCAUUCCUGCCGACGAGGUGCCUCCCCCAACAGUGCCUAUGGAUUACUCUUGGGCCAGGGAGUUGGGCCUGAUCCGUAAGCCAGCCUCAUUCAUGACUAGCAUCUGUGACGAGCGAGGCCAGGAGCUCAUCUACGCUGGCAUGCCCAUCACCGAGGUCUUCAAAGAGGAGAUGGGUUUAGGAGGAGUGCUGGGCUUGCUUUGGUUCCAACGCAGGUUGCCGCGCUAUGCCUGCCAGUUCAUUGAGAUGUGCCUGAUGGUGACUGCUGAUCAUGGGCCUGCCGUCUCUGGUGCACACAACACCAUUGUCUGUGCUCGUGCUGGCAAGGACCUUAUCUCAAGCCUCACCUCCGGCCUGCUCACCAUCGGGGACCGUUUUGGAGGUGCUUUGGAUGCAGCUGCGAAGCAGUUCAGCAAGGCAUUUGAUAGUGGCAUGCUGCCCAUGGAGUUUGUCAACAAGAUGAAGAAGGACGGCAAGCUGAUCAUGGGCAUUGGCCACAGAGUCAAAUCAAUCAACAACCCAGACAUGCGGGUGCAGAUUCUGAAGGACUUUGUUAAGCAGCAUUUCCCCUCCACCCAGCUCCUCGACUACGCACUAGACGUAGAGAAGAUCACUACCUCCAAGAAACCCAACCUGAUCCUCAAUGUAGACGGUUUUAUUGGUGUUGCCUUUGUAGACCUGCUUAGGACGUGUGGGGGCUUCACAAGAGACGAGGCUGACGAGUUUGUGGAGAUUGGUGCACUAAAUGGGAUCUUUGUCCUUGGCCGCAGUAUGGGCUUUAUUGGACAUUAUCUGGACCAGAAGAGGCUGAAACAGGGUUUGUACCGCCACCCCUGGGAUGACAUCUCCUAUGUGCUUCCUGAACAUAUGUCCAUGUAAUCUCCACAUUACAGAAUGGGACGCACUUUCAGAUGCAACUGCCCAAAUAGGUCAGGCAGCAUUACGCAUCUCACUCACCGUAUAUGUACUCUCCGGUUAUUACAACAGCGGCCUUGGGAAAACUGGGCAGGGUGAUUCUGGAAAAUGGACGUACCGUCUGGCUGAGGGAUCUGGGUAGAAGUUUUCAAUCUUGUUUUUACAGAGAAAAAGGGGAAGUACAUUUUUUUAUUUUUGACUAAUUAUUUUAAGUCUGAGUUACUUAAUUCAGUUUUGACCACAGACCAGAACCAAUACAACUUUAGCAGUUGCAGAAGCACAAAAUUAAUUAGUACUUUUAAAAAAAAAAAAGGGCAGGAUUCAAA